CCGAGCAAAGAGCUGAGGAUGUGCAAGCAGCGAUCCCCAGCCGGGAAUGGACUGCUCAGGGAGGUCCCCGUCCCUGGAGCUGUCCAAGGAACAGCUGGACGUGGCACUCGGUGCUCUGGGCUGGGUGACAGGGUGGAGGCGCUGCGGGCGGAGAGCGCGGCCGCAGCCCCCGGGCAGCGGGAGCCCCUUCGGCUGAGAUGUACACAGCUGAAGGAAUUGGUGGAGGAGAACACAAAAGCUCUCCAUGCUUUGAAAAAAGCUGAUGAGCCUGCGCCGGUGGGGAAUUACAGCCAGAGGAAGGAAGAAGAAGAAAAGCUGUUGCUAAGACUCUCCCAGCAGCUGCAGAAACUCCUUCUUGUCUUGGAUCAGGAUAAUGUGACAAAGAAUUACCCAGGGGGUGAGGGACACCAGAAAAGCCCUCAUGCAGAAGAGGGAAAUGAAGAAGAGGAGGAGAGUGAAGAUGAAGAAAGUGAGGAGGAAGACACUGAAGAAGAAGAAGAUGAGGAGAAGCUGUUGGAUGAUCCAAAUGUUAGAGAAUGUGUUACUGUUGGGAACUUUGAUGCCCAGCAGGAAGGAGAUCUCACAUUUGUGAAAGGUGAAAUCCUGCUCAUACACGACAAGAAGGAGGAUGGCUGGUGGGUAGCUGAAAAUUCCAAGGGGGAGAGAGGCCUCGUUCCCAGGACCUACCUUGCGGUUCCUAAGGAAGAGGAAGAAAGCCAGGAGGAGUCAGAAGAACACUUAGAAGUGGUGGAUGAAACAGCAGAUGGAACUGAAAUUAAAAAAAGAACAGAUUCCCACUGGAAUGCUGUCCGAGCCAUUGCAGAGAAUGACACUGUGGAGGUGCUGACCACCUCAGGGGCAGUUCCUGCAGGAUUCCGCCCAUCCAUGCUUUUCCAGCUCUUGGAGGAAGGUGAAGAGUUUCGAGCAAGUUACUAUUUGCAGCCCAAGCUUACUCCAUCCCAGCUGGCUUUCAAAGACUUGGUGUGGAACUCUGAGAGAAAUACUAUCCAUGCUAGGCCCACCAGAGUGUCCCUGAUUGUCACUUUGUGCAGCUGCAAGAUGAUCCCUCUCCCUGGAAGCGGCGUGCGGGUGCUCAGCCGGCACGUCCGGCUCUGCCUCUUCGAUGGCAGCCGGGUGUUGAGUAACAUUCACACAGUGAGAGCCACGUGGCUGCCUAAAAAUCCUCAAACUUGGACCUUUUCUCCAAGGGUGAUGGGCAUCUUACCCAGCUUGCUUGAUGGUGACUGUUUUGUCAGGUCCAGCUCCUUAUCUCCAGACAUUGGGAUCUUGUUUGAGCUUGGCAUCACAUACAAGUGCAAUCAGCAUGGACAGUGGUUUCCAGCUCCAGUUUACACAGAUAGAGCCUGUCCAUCUGGGAUGUGCUGCUGGAAAGCACAACAGUCAACAGGUGAAAGAGGAGAGCUGAGCUGUGGCUGGGCCUUUCUGAAGCUUUUCACUUCCAGUGGGAUUCCUGUUCCUUCCAAGAUGCAUGAGCUGGUCCUGAGUGGUGGAACUCCCUAUGAGAGAGGCGUUGAGGUUGACCCAUCAAUAUCAAGGAGAGCAGGCUCAGGGGUUUUUCAGCAGUUUAUGAGCCUGAGGAAGCAGCCUGUGCUUCUGGUGAAAGUGAAGUCCCCGAGUGUGCACUCAAAAGACAUCCUGAAUUUUCUCCCUGAAACAUUAGUUGGGGGCAUGUGCUACAUCCACCUCCUGGUGUUUUAUCGGCAGAUCCUUGGAGAUGCCCUCCUGAAGGACAGGAUGAGCAUGCAAAGCACAGACUUAAUCUGUAAUCCUGUUCUAGCAACUUUCCCUCAACUCCUGGAUCAGCCAGACCUGAUGGAUGCACUUCGGAGUGCCUGGGCAGACAAAGAAAGAACGCUGAAGAGAAUUGAGAAGAGAGAUCAAGAAUUCCUGAAGUCUGCGUUUGUCCUGGUGUACCACGACUCUGUGCUCCCUCUGCUCUGCUCCACAUUCCUCCCCAGCUACAGAUGGGCUGAGGAAGAGGUGGAAUUGUCUCGCUGGAAGGUGAUCCAUGACUUCCUGAAAAGGAGCCAGGAGAAGGAUGGUGCCCUGGAGUACCUGCUGUCAUCAGAAAACACCCACAGAGCCUUUGACAUCUCAGAGCUGGCCUAUGAUUUCUUAGGAGAGGUGAGGGAAAACAACCCUGGAGAAUGAACAAUUCAGGCUCUCUAAGGUUGUGGUAACAAUAAAAUUAAAUUCUUACCAAAGAGAUUGUAUAGGA